AGAUCAAACACACCAAACAGGUGCGACGGGACAAAAAACAACCUUCAGGGCAAUACUAUUAGACUGAAAUUUGAAUAACCCAACACCACUUCAAACUAACGUAAUCUAAGGUGAAAUUAAAUAAAGGCCUGAGACAUAUAGUCUGCCUGCAUCUACACACAGAAGACACAACCAUCUGACAGAUGGCACUGGCGACCACAUCAAUGGGAUGCAUUAUUCACAAGUGACUUCUGCCAAAGCUUCAAUGUCCGUCCAGUUGCGGACCGCCGACUUUGGCGUCUCAUGUGUUGUCUCAUAUGGACUCCCGGCGUAGGGUAAUGGGAUUACCAGCCGUUCAUUUGACUGACACUGGCUGAUGGCCACUGCAGAUUCAGGGUUAUGCCACAGCACAUGGGCGAAAGAGACAAUGCAAGCCCUAAAAUGCUGCCCCUCCCCUCGUGGGACUGUUAUCUGACAAGCACUGCGCGUGCAUGAUGAAAUACCUGCUGCGUUUCCAUAAAGAGUGACAGUACAGAAGCUCUACUGACAGCAAAGAGUGGCUCGGGCAAACCAGGGUGCCGUUCAGGUGAAGCUGGAACUCGGUCAUCGUGCCCAGGUCCGAAAGAAACCCACCGUGGAAGGUUUUACGCACGACUGGAUGGUGUUUGUCCGCGGACCAGAGCACAGCAACAUUCAGCAUUUUGUGGAAAAAGUCGUGUUUCAUCUUCACGAAAGUUUCCCGAAACCAAAAAGAGUGUGCAAGGAUCCACCAUAUAAAGUUGAAGAGUCUGGAUACGCUGGAUUUAUCUUGCCUAUUGAAGUUUACUUUAAAAAUAAGGAAGAACCAAAAAAAGUGCGCUUUGACUACGAUUUGUUCCUGCACUUGGAGGGCCACCCACCUGUCAAUCAUCUCCGGUGUGAAAAGCUCACGUUCAACAACCCUACUGAAGAGUUUCGCAGGAAGCUGCUCAAGGCCGGAGGGCAACGGGAUCCUCACAAAAGAUCUUCAGAGGACUCUAAAGUAAUGGUAAUGCAGGAGGGCUCCACUUCUCUGUUCGGGCAGCAUCUAAAGCUGCCCACAUUACCCAGCAGCUCAUUAACAUUGACCUUCUCUGAUGCGAAAAAGAGCAAGUCUUUCCCAGGGUCAAAGGACGGGUCCAAAAGCACCAGUGCUCUUACAACAACAAACAAUAUUAGCAGCAGCUCCCUCAAGCUCCACAAACCGUCUAAGGACCAUAAGGACAAGCCUUCCAAAGACUCAAAGGAGUCCAAAAGUGCCUUCAGAGAUUUCAGCAAGGACUCUGGAAAACUCUCUAAAGAUUCCAAAAAACCCAAAGAGAAUCAACCAAUUCAGGAAGAUCGCACGGUUCCCCAAAUGGGAUUUAAGGAGCCCAAGACCACGUCGAAGGAGCCGCGGUCAUCUGAGAUUAGCUUCUCAAGCUUGGGACAAAGUAAACGGCGGCCUGUUUUGGACACUGAAGGCCAUGUUACCAAAAAACAGAAAAGCAGUUUUUCGGAGAGCUCGCAAAAGCAGCAAGCGUGUCCCACUUUGCUACAGCACCCUCAUUCGGAUAAAAAAGUUUUGAAAGACAAGCCGCAAAUCCGGCAUAGUAGGUUACAAAACAGUGAACUUUCUGAGAAGAGAAAACCACCAGCGUUACCGCCCUUCCAGGAUGUGUUGGACCCGCAUGACUCGGACAUGGACAACAACAUGUUCACGAGAUCAGACUCGGAUCAGCCCAGCCCGGCCAGCUCCAGUUCCAGUUCCAGCUCUGGCUUUGGACGUGCACACAAGCGGCAAGUCCUGGGUCCUUUGCGGUCGGUGAUCCCAGAUUUGCACUCGGAUGAAAACGAAGAGGAUUCUGAAGAGGAGGAUGAUAAUGACAUGGACUCGGACUUAGAGCGACCGUUACACACGCAAAUGACACAUCGUCACCGCAGGGUGAGUUUAAGUGACGGCAGUGACAGUGAAAAUAGCUCUGCCUCUUCACCACUGCCCCAUAAUGACCCCCCACCUCUACUGAAAUCCACCAAUAACCAGAUCCACGAAGUCAAAAGUCCUAUGAAACAAGCAAAGAUGGACAAAAAUAAAAACCUCGACUGUGACAAGGCGUACUUGGAUGAGCUGGUUGAGCUUCACAGAAGACUAAUGGCACUGAGGGAAAGGCACAUAUUACAGCAGAUUGUAAACCUCAUAGAAGAAACGGGACACUUUCACAUCACGAACACAACUUUUGACUUUGACCUCUGCUCUCUGGACAAAACCACAGUUCGGAAGCUGCAAAGCUACCUGGAGACUUCUGGAUCGUCUUGAAGACUUGUGCAGCUGGCUGCCACCAGGAGGAGGAUCACACCUCCCCUUUCUCUUACUUUUGUUUUUCCCUUCUAAAUAGGAACUUGUAAGGCAACGGAAGGAUCCGCUUUCAUUCCAGAGCUCGUCUCUCGAAACGCCUCAGAAACCGACAACAUUAUGACAUGAGUCUGGAGAUUCCUCACCCAAAAAGCCUUGAUAAUCUGACAUUGCCAAAAAAAAAAAAUCUUGCUCCAAAUCGAAACUCAUUUGUGUAUAUUGUUACUUGCGUAUGAAUGUUUGAUGGGUUCUUUGUGAUGAAUGCAUGUUUCAACACUGCCUUACCACAUUGUCUAUUUAUUAAGUAUGAGUUUCAAGUGUGUGUGUGUGUAAGUGAAAACGAUAUUAAACUUGUGCAAGCACUUGGGAACAUCACCAUCUCAUUGGCAAUGAAACAUCUCAUAAUGCGAAACUUGAACAGGAUCAGAAGCAAAGUUUUUCAUGCUGUGGCGUACAUCAUGUAAAAUGAACAGUGUCCUAAUGCUGGACGGAGACGACUUUUAGACCUGUUAUUCAAUGAAUUGCACGUUGUCUGCAAUUUAUUGCUGUUGCCUUGUUGAAUAAUUGAUCAUAUUUUAAUGGUUUUCAUUGCACCAUUGGAAAGAAGACGGGAUCUUAAGCGAAUCCGUUGACGUCUACCCAAAAUGUUUCUUACGGUUGUUUCAGUUGGGAAAUGUGAUGUUGAAUCUUCUAAUGUUAUUUAUUGUUUUUGGGGACCACCGUUCCCGGGGCUGUUCAUCCCAAUUGUAGCUUGGGAGUGCUUUGUUAAACUGAGGAAAUCAAGAAGUAAUCAAAGUUUACUUUUUAGUUCCAUUGUAUGACGACUUUUCUUUUGGUUUUGAAUUAGAUUAUAUCGAAUAUGAGCAGAUCGUGCAGUCGAGCUGUAGCCCUCGAGCUCUGCUUUGUGCAAAAGCAACAGCAUUCCCUUUUCAUUUCCUUAUAAUGUUGAAUCAGAAGAGCAGGCCAGAAAUAUACAUCAUUUGGGAGUCGGAGUGGGUUCAUACUGAAUAAUUGGCACUGUGUGAAGUGUUUCAUUUUUAUUUGAUUUGAUUGUUUUUGCUGAAUGAAAAUAAUGCCCUGUACACUUUGUUUCCCAGAUUCAUUUUCUCAGCCCAAGAGCUUUUAGUUUAGUUAUCAUAUAAUGUUUAUAUGUGUAUAUAAACUUUAUAUGUGAUUUAAAAAAAUAAGAAGAUAUCUUUCCUUUCUUCGAAGGCCCUGACCUGCUUCCAGUUGAAAGUUCCGAUAAUAAUAUAAAUUCAAAACAAAA